AUGACUACCGCAUACGGCAGUCCUUCAUCUCACUACUUAUGUUCCAUCGAUUACUGCCUCGCUUUCUCUUUUACGUACAGCCGAUCGCUGGUGCUUGUAUCUCUCUCAUCCACGUGCGUCUAUCUCUCCACGUCAGCACGUGCAUUUCGCAUUCCAGCAGAUGUACACCAAGGAAACUGCCACAACAGGCAGUCUUUCAUCUCCCUACACAUUUCCGUCGAAUACUGUCUCGCAUUCUCAUUCCAGACAGCCACUAGCCUCGUCGUACUUCCCCCCAACCUCAGCACGCCCGUUCGCUUUCGUACGUAUCGUCUACAAGAAAACUUGCCGCAAAGGGCAGUCCUUCAUCUCCCCUACGUACAUCCAUCGAUCACUGUCUCGCAUUCUCAUUCACAUGCAUACACUAGCUCACCUCAUACACACCACCACUUACCUCACCAGGUACCUCCUUCAUCUCCACCCACCCUCGCUCCCGCCGACCCUACCGCCACACCUAUCUCCCUCUCCCGCAAUCUCCCACCAACCACAUACUUUCCCCAUGCGGUAUCUUUCCCUCAUCUUAACAUUCACCCAUCGAUCCCAGUCCUCGUAUUCGCAUCAUUAGUGUACCGCCUUAGUCCGACAACCCGGCGUUGCGUGGAAAUGUAA